AUGGAAACUUACUUUGGUUACGUAAAAACACCACAAGAUGCGAUAUUACUGUUCGAAGCAUGCCGUAUGGGGUACCUGGCUCGUAUACAGCGCCGUCUAUCCGAAAGAGAACGAUCAGCCAUACGCUCGGGUUCAGUAUUCGUUUGGGACGAACGUGAGGCCGGAAUGAGAAGAUGGACCGAUGGAAAAAGUUGGUCGGCCAGCCGAGUAAGUGGAAGUUUUCUCACAUAUCGUGAGUUAGAGUCGAAACGAAAGACCAAUUCGCGGGGAAGUAAUAAUCCGAAUGACUUGUCAAGUGAGGAUACGGAUUCCAGCGAAUCAUAUAGUAAUAGCGGGAAAAAGAUUGCCUCAACCACGGAACAAUGUCGAUAUAAACAUGGGGGAUUGGUGAAACAGUCGUUCAGCAUCACAACAAAUAAUCAUCAGAAACUACAUCUGAUCUGUUAUUACACCAAAGCUGAUGUCAUUGGCGAGAAAUUACAGAUUCCAUUGCAGGAUGAGAAACUUAAGAUUCCGAUCCCAAAAGGAAUGUAUCCGGAAACUCAAAAUGUUGAUGGUUCCGUUGGUCCACAUGGAGGUCAUUAUCCUGAUAACCGACUCGAGAGAUCCUUAUCACCGAGUCCAUAUAGUUGGCAAUUACCGCAACCAGCAGCCGCUCAUCUGCCUGGCAGUCUACCAAAUACACUUCUUCACGGUGGCAAUAAUUCUUCACAUGCUCAUCAUCAACAUCGACAUUCCUCAGGUGGACAAGAACCCAUGCAAAUUGAUACUCCACAUUCAGCAUGUUCUACUCCAUCAAUUUCAUCUUCACCCUCGACAAUCGAAGAAGAUUUCAACGAUUAUCAUCGUCGACAGAAUCCACUAUCGGCAAUUGGUGCACAUCUCGGUUCAAAUUCAAAUGGAUCAAGUAUAUCAUUACCGUCAUAUCCACCCGCCAAUUAUAUUCAAUCAGAAUCCAAUUCUACAACCGGAGCGACUUUCUCUGGCGGAUCACAGCCAAUAAAUAUUCCUGCUCCCGGAAGAUACGUAUUCCCACCGCCACAACAAGCUCCAUUCCCAUCCUCAUAUCCUCCUCAUUCUUCGUCACAUCAUAUCCAACAAUCAAAUAAUAAUAGCAAUGGAAUAGCGAAGAUCAACGACAACUAA